GCUUUUAUGAUGCUAAAUUUUUUUUUCACUAAAAACAAUUUUGAAUUUGCGCGCCCUUAUUGUUCUCACACCGUGAGAUCGCCUGGCCCUCCCUCAGCGAUAUUUUUACCCAGCGUUCUCCGUGUCACAUGCAUCCAUCCAUCCAUCCAUUCAUCUGUUAGGUCGGUGUUCCUAAUCUGUGUGCUUGUCUUUUUGACUGCUUUCCGAUUCUUUCAGUCGUCUGCUCUCAGAGAUCAGCAUAGUUUCACAAACAGUGAUUUGUGUUUGCUGUCUGCUAUAGCAACCACUGUUUAGUUUUUCUCUCGUUCUUUUGUACAUGUCGCCGAACCGUCGUCUGCUGCUUAUUCGUGUCGCUUUACCGUCUACCGUUGAUCAUCAACACGUUAGGUUGCUAUUAUAGUACCAUUCCCGAUCAGAAGACACGUGGUAGGAAUUAACGCGUGUGUGGUAUUCACCAGCUGUCCGCCAGUGAAUCCACGCCGUAUGGCAGCCGCUGCGUCUCUGGCCGACGACAGCAACAACUUACAAUGAUCAAAAAAAAACUCACAACAGCAUCGUAGCGAUGUGUGCUGGCGGAAGUACGGCCGCAGCAACGGCGUUUAUCUCUCUGUAUGUCGUUUCUUUGCUCGCUCCGUCUACCUAUUCACCUCGGUUCUGUUAGCCGCUAGCCGUGGAUUCUCAUCGGAUCAGUUGCGACAUUCCGCCCUCUCUCUCGACUUCUUUUUGUCCGCUGCCGGCUAUUUAGCCGAGUCCGUGGCUGGCGCCAUUGUCGUCGCUGUCGUUGUUGUGACAUCAGCAGCGCGCUGAGGCGACGGCGAGCUCGUAUCGUUCCAGCGGCCGCAGUAGAAGGUGCAGGCGAAAAAGAACGGACACGAACGAACGCUGCUGCUACCGUUGAUGUGGCGCCGCGCUCACUCUUUCCUUCAAUGCCGUUCGUUUUAGCGGUCGUUCAGCUUGAUGGUUCGCUGCCUGUCUGACUAGCUGACGGACGGAAGGUUGACUAACUGGGAGAGUGAGUGGCAGGUCGCCACUUAUCGCGGCUCGACGAUCGCCGCUGCUACGGGCGGCUGCGGGUACAGCGACUUGGUGGUCGUUCUGUUCGCACCGUCGUUUCGACCCGCCAUUACCGCUGCUGUGCUGUUGCCCGGCGACGAUGACGACGACUACGGAGGAGAACUGAGCGGCAACGGCGGCGGCAGCAGCAGCAGCCCCUUUGCGACCACUAUAUUAUAUACACACAACAUCACUGUUGCAACUCCUGCGCCGCGCUGCGUUGGCAGUAGUAGCAGCAGCAGCAGCGAUCGUUCGACAGCGAACAAGGAUCACAGGCAGACAGCUAGGCCGCAAAGUGAAGCUGCUGCUGCUGCCUGACGGACUAGUUAGAUCGCCACGGGCUGGCUGGCUGGUGCCGUUACUGCAGCAGCAAUCGAGUAAUGAGAAGUCGCCAGCGGCAACAGGAAUUUCGCGACGGACGACGACGUAUCAAGAAUCGCUGGAGAGUUGUUGCUGCUGCUGCUGUAGUCGCCGCUACCGCCGCCGCCGCCGCCGCCGCCGCCGCCGCCGCCGCUGCAGCAGCAGCAAAAGCAGUGGCCGAUAGCGUCGUCAGUCGUGUUCCGUUUAGUGGUGGUGCUGUGGCAUUAGAAACAAUAACAGCAGCAGUAAUUACAGAAAUGGUGGCUGUAGCUGUAGUAACAGCGGUGAUUAAGUGACUGAGUAACCGACAGCAAAACAGCGAGCAAAUAAACCCAGACAGCAGCCUAACACGAAACGCGAGCGUCGUAAUCGCCAGUGCUAAUAAGCGUACUGGCCUAAAUUAACAAAACGAGGAAGAAUAAAAAGCAAAACAGAAAACAGCCAAUACGAUUAUUAUGCGUCUAUUUUCUUGGGCCAUGUGUGUAACGAGCAGUUAGUUCAUCCUGGGGUGUCUAAUCUGCUGACGGCUGCCUGGCGCUGUUCGUUCCGCAUCGACCUGUACCGACAGCAGGCGGGCAACACUGGCUGCUGGCGACUGGUUUGUGUCGAACGACCAACCAACCGACCGAUUGAUUGACUGACUCCUACAGUUACUACGACAACUGAUAACGUUCCUGUCGGUAUAUGUAUCAUAUUUAUAUGCAUAUAUAUGUGUUUGUAUGUAUAUAUGGAAGAAAGGAACGACAGUGAGGAAAGACAAAAUUAGGCGGUACUUUGAUUAGCAGCUGUUUGGUCAGCUGAACGCUUAAUUUCGAAGUUGAAACAACAACUGUGGGACGGACAGUGCUCGUUGUGUUUGUACUGUAUAUCUGCGUGGGCGGGUCGGGGUGUGUGUGUGUGUGUCUUUGUGUAUUUGUUGUUUCUGCGCCGAAGAUCAGUGGGAAGAUAGGGGCGAAUGACAACAAAAGUAAAUCAUCAGUUCACUGAAUAAGUUCGGAUUGGGGAGCGGACGAUCUGUCGAUGCUAUUUAUGUCAACUGUCGUCGAUACGCUUGUUAUUGACUCUGUAUACGCUGGCUGACAAGUGCUCGAUUUGAGAUGAAAUAAACAAGGACAAAUGUGUCGUUUGAUAAGCAAUACAUUCCAGAAAAAAUGAAGCCGCAAAUUGUGUCCGUACGCCGAAGGUUUCUUGCUGAUCAAGUUUAGUUUUAACGUUCAGAUGAAUGACUUGACCAACAUAAAAAGAUCUUCCACCUUUAUUGAAUCCGUGCCUGCCUAUAUAUAUAUACGUAUAAAGUAUACAUAUAUAUCAUCGAGUGGCGUAUCACUGGCGUCUAACCAAUCGUGUUUUCGUGACAGAAGUGCGUGUGAAUGCAAGUAUAUAUCAAAAUACUGUUAACGACGACGAAACCGCGCAACUUUCGCGGCUCUGUUAGUGAGACACGUUAGAAACAACGACGACGACGACGACGACGACGACGACGACGAUUGCGUUUACUAUUUAUUGACACAACGAGAUGGGAAGUAAGAAGCAUAAAAAGCAUUCAAAAACAUCGCGAGAUGAUGAUGAUAUGCCAAUGGAACAAAGCCCCCAGCCGGUGGCGGCCUCUAGUGGGUCGGCUCCCCCAAAAUCGGGCAUCAAGCUUGUGCUUAAGGUUGGAGGAAGUAGCGCUUCAACAGGAGGUGUAAGUCCCGCUUCAUCGGGAUCAUCGGUAACACAAAACGCUCCUGUUGUAGCCUAUUCUUCUACGGUACCAGCACCCACACCGCUCUAUUCGGGGGGAUAUCCACCCACAGGAGGAAUCUCACUUCGUUUAGUAACAAAUCCCGAUAACGCUGAGUGCACAGUCAAAAAGGUCGAAAACCCGCUCAUCAAUGGAACAACGAGCAGCGGUGCAGUGGCUGGCGCGAGUGCCAGUGGAACCGGGGGUGCUGGAAGCGUCCAGUCGGACAGUCUUAGCGAGACAAGCUCUUACCUACAGCAGCAUCGCCAUAAGAAAAGCGAUAAAAAGAAAAAGAAAAAAAAGAAACACCACCACCACCACUCCCAUUGUCAUCACCACAAGGAUCAUCAUAAACAUCAUCAUGGGGGCGGCGAGAAACGCAAGGAUAGAGUAGACGGCGAUGGGUUGGGUAUGGGGGGAGGUCAAGCUGGAGGGGGCUCAGGAACUGGAGGCAAUUCCGGAGGUGCCGCAGGUGACGACGACGACGAUGACGGCGAUGUAGCUCCACCACCUCCAAAACGGCCAGUUAUGGAGACUAUUGAUAACCAGCCCCCCUUGCCGGAGGUCCCGUUGCGGUCACCUGUCGGCGUAUUACCAUCCGGUCCUCGGGAAGUCUCACCUCUGUACCGUCUCCUCGGAGUUCUUCUUGAACUGGUGCGGAAGCGGGAUACGUACGAGUUCUUCGCGUGGCCGGUGAACGACGCCAUAGCUCCAGGUUAUUCGACAAUUAUCACUCGACCAAUGGAUCUAAGCACGAUGAAGCGGCGAGUGGACAACCGGGAAUAUCCAACGCUGGAAGCGUUUAAAGCCGAUCUCCGCUUGAUAUGUGAUAAUGCUACAACGUAUAACCAACCUGACACAAUCUACUAUAAGGAGGCGCGAAAGUUAUGGAGGCACUCGCAGAAAAUCCUAUCGAAGGAGCACAUCCUUCAACUAGAUCCUGAGCUUAAGUAUAUCGGUGCUGUGCCAGUUGAUCAGUUAGGAUUUGACCUACGAUCGAUCACACCGGAGCCUAUUGAAGAGAUGACACCAAGAAUGACGCGGAAUCGCGUGCAACACAACGCAAGUAGUAGUAUUCGUGUCGGCAAUGACGAUGAACCAGUGGAACUGAGCGCCGAGAAGAUGGGUGAACGACCUGUGCCUCCAGUAAAGAUCUCUUUAGCUGCCACUGUUGUUGAACAAGCACUCGCUACUGUAGGAGCUCCAGAGUCUCCAGCUGUCGUCACGAGGGAUGAUAAGGAGGGUGUUCUGGCAGGAGUUGCACGUUCCCACCGUGUGUCAUCAUUAGGUGGUAGAGCUUCGAGUGAGGGAAGUCCUGUGCUCGAGCGCACUUAUUCUCAAGAAGCAAAACGGGAAGAUCUAAAGGACGUUACGGGUAAAGAGACACCGACGCGGCCAGCGGGCUCUGAGACGCCCACAGAACUCAAUGGAGAUAUAACAUGUCCCGACGGCACACCAGUCAGAUCCGUUAGCCCGCCUGGUCUCGCCAAGAAGUCCAAACCUGACGAUGAGCAACAGUCACAGGUGACGCCUCCUGAUGACGCAUCAGCUGCUGAGAUUUUAGCCCAUGCACAGCGUAUGGCGCGAGGCGCCGCCAAUCGGCUUGCUAUGCUCAAGCCAAACACGGAUUACGCCUUCCUCCUACAGAAUGACGAUGGUUCAGCGACGCUGAGCAUACUCAAUCCGGAUGUUACGUUAACUGACAAAUACGUUGGCCUCCGACCGGCUGAAUUACCUGUGCCGCCGCAAAAGGUCGACCUAGAAAUGUUGGUGGGAAAAUUACCAUACGGCAUGUCCAGCCUUGUGGACUUCAAAGAUGAAGCCCGAUCAGUGGCCAAGCCAAUCAACUACACCGUUAAUGAAAGCGGACCGCCUUUUUCCACGUUUGCUCCACACUAUGAUUCCAGCUUCUCGAAUUUGACCAAGGUUGAGAGUGACCUCGUAUAUCAGACGUACGGUGACGAACUCGGCGUCCAAUACGCCGAUAGUAUCAUGCACUUUGCCAAAGACUGCGAUUACCUAAUGAACAUGGUAGACAAUUUAUUAGAUACGCUCACCGGCGGUCAGCACAGCAAGACCCUGAAGCUGGUUCGCUCUGGGGAACUUUUACGGGAUCCGGAUGAGGAGGAAUCAACAUCGUCAGACAAGCAACAAACGAAGGAAAAAGACAGUGGAAAGUCGUCGAGUGAUAAAGACAGAGCGAAUCAAAGGAGUCACGCAGCCGAAAAAGCGCAAUCGCUGAGUGAGAAAUCAUCCUUCGAGAAACAGCAAGACAAAGUUAUUACUUCUAGCAAUGGCCCUUCGAACCAAGCCGGUGUGAUUAUGGCUAAUGGUACAGGUGCCGCGAAAUGUAAUGGGAACGCAACGCAUGGUAUCAACCCGACGCCAGUGAUCAGCGUGCCCGCUGUUGGCAAGCCUCCCCUGGUAAAUGGGCAUGGCCCGCCUAUGAACAGUGGAUCAAUGGUGCAGCCUCUGAGCAACAGUUUACACAAUGGAGUACCACAAAUAGGUAGUGUUCAGAGCUCUAAUGUGGGUGUAUCUCAGAUUAUGCCGUGUUCCCAGCCACAAAUGAUUGGUCCCGGAAUCCAAAUGCCGUCGCAGCAACAGCCGCCUCUCCAGCAUCAUCCAACAAUGGCGCCGACAGUGACAUCGAACCACAAUCAGUCAAUCAUGCUGCCGAGCUCAAACACUAAUAGUGGACCAGCGCCUGUUAUGGUUGGAAAUCAUUUUGUUACCGGAAAUGUACAACCAAACGUGGAAAAUCAUUUUAGUGUCAAUAACGUACACGGUCAAAUGCCACCUACGAUGCUAUCUGGAGCCUCUGGUGGUUUAGUGAUGAACGCGGGCAACCCUAUCGUACCCGGAACGGUGGGGACGCCUGCUGGCGUUGGACUUGUGGGCAAGUCAAUGGCAGGAUCACUGCAUCAGGGAGGUCUACCAACUCAGCCUCUGGUAGCACCACUUGGGGGCGUCUCUAUGCCAAUGGGAUCUCUAACGGGUGGAUCGCCCGUAGUUAUUACUAGGACACCAGCACCGGGACCAGGGGCAUCAACCGGUAGUCCUAGUCUCGUGGGAACAGGAGCGAAUAGCGCUUCUACCAACGCCGGAGGAACUGCGCCGGGAGAUAAUGAGCAGAAACUUCAGGCAAAAUUAGCCGAAUCGACCGAGAUGAUAGAGCGUUUGACACGGCUUCAACGAGAAAGAUUGAGUCAACCACCGCCGCCGCAUCUCGGAAUGACACAAGGACCAUCGCCAACGGAAUUACAACUUGCGGAGAAACUGGCCGCCACCUUAAGCGAAUUAGCGAGUCACGCCAAGCCCGGCAGUAUCGUGAGUGUCGAUGCCAUCCGGCGGGCGAUGGGUAUCACCCUGUUACCUCCAAACCAACAGACGAAACCUCAGCAGCCGACUCAACUUCCCACAACGACCCAGAAAACUGGUACAGCUCAAGCCGUAACAACAGCAGCAGGCUACACACAACCUGCCACCUCACAUGCUGCAUCGACAAGCAGCACAAGUAGCGGGGAGAAGACACUAUAAUAAUAAUAAUAAUAAUAAUAAUAGUAGUAAGAGAAAAUGGGUGGCCUUUCAAACAUGAACUGCUUCUAAACUCAAUGACCCUAGCCAUCUUCAGAGAGCAUUAAGAAGUAAAGUAAGAUAGCAACGGUCACUACAAACGUACCGCCGAUAUUAUGUUAGGUGCAGCGACAUAGGUAGUCUCCUAUAGCAAUUCAAGUAGGAGCCAGUUAAAGGAUACGAAGGCCAGCUGCUUGAUGUCCGCACCGAAGACCCUCCAAUCGUCUUUUUGCGAUUUUUUCUUUGAGCACUGUGUGCUUGCUUGAAAAUUGGUUCUCUAUAAGAAACCAACCAACACUCGUGAAUAAUCAUUAAAGAUUGCUUAAUUAAAUGCCAGACCCAGGCAAGAAUAUCAAAGCGAUGUGUAGGCUGUUCUGAUACUAGCCGACCUUCACAUUAUGGCACGAUCCAAAGUCGAAUUAAUUUGUUGUUAUAGUGACACUGAGGGCGAUAAUGUUGAUUUGAGGCUUUCUUUCCAUCUCUCAAUGACCUGAUACGAACCCGAGAUGUGAAUAGGAGAGCUCUAUGAGGAUUCAGCGCAAACAGGAUCGCUAGCAAAAACAUAGUAAAGAAUAGAUCUGUACAAUACGCAUACAUACAAGCUAGUUAAGCCAAUGUUUUCACGGGACGUCAACUCUCGCUACAACGUACAGCCUGGCAUUGCGUUGCAUAUUCUAAAUGGCGCGGGGUGAACAUACCACCGCUUAUCGUGUGCCGAAGGGCGUGUUGUGUAAAAAAAAGCAAAUUUAUUA